CCUAGUGACGUUUGUAGAGGAGCGUUUGAUUUUUCACUCUAAGCCUAGCGAAGCGACGAGAAAAGGCCCAAGAUGGCGGCGGGCGGGAAACUUCUCGCCUGGGAUAUUCCACCCCAAAAUGGUCAUGAAGUGUAUUUCUCACGAGACAUUUAUGAAAAAAGCUCACUGGCUCCGACUCUUUCUGAGCUGCUACUAUCAAAAAGUCACACAGAAGACAAUGCACGUGUAUCAAACACUGGGCACGAAAACAAGCCUAGCGGACAGGCUGCAGUAAAACCAGCUGAAGUGGCAAUGAAGUCUUCAGCAGAGAUUGCACCUUUUCAAGAGCCUAGAGUCCCCUACCCGCAUUUUUCUAGUUUGACCGAGAAAGAACAGAGGAGAUACUUGUUUCUCUUGUCUGUGUGCUUAAAUGCCAAUCCCAACCUGAUAGAUCAGUCUGAGCAAAAAGAUUAUUUGCAAUAUCUGCAAAUAAAAGAAUUUGUGAGCAAAGAAGUUGCAGAGUUCUUGAAGUUUGCCCAAAAUGCUGCCAGAAGUUGUUCUAAAGAUUACAAUAACAUCUCCGAUGAGGUCUUGCUUUACACCAAGACAUUUUUAAGAUGUCGUAUUGAUUAUGUGAAGAAGUAUCCUGAAUGUUACAAUCUACAUGAAAUUACCAGUAUCAUGGGAGGAAAGUUUCACACAGAACUGACACUUAGAUCCGAAAAAUGCCUUCUUGCUUUGGGAAAGGUGAGCAUCAUUAAGCGAUUCUUUCCAAAACUGCCUGCAUCAAUACAGUUGCCUGUUAAUCAUAAAAAGGAGUUGGACGUUGCAACUCCAGAGCAGAGAGCUUCGAUGCUGCACAGUGAUGUUAGUACAGAUCCAAAUGCUGAAAAACUUGCAGUGAAAUACUGUCCUCAGGUGGUGCUAACUAGUGAGUCGUUAUUUACGUUGUUGAACAAUCAUGGUCUGGACUACAGUGAACAGUGGGAACUUCCUGUUUCUGUGAAAAUCAUCUCUGCUGAAGGUCUCAAGCCAGUCAAAGUUGUGUAUGUUGAUCCCCCUCUCCCAAAGAAAGAGAUGACAGUGAGAGAGAAGAACCAUAUUUUCCAUGAAUUUCUGGCCGAUUUCCACAUGACGAAAAAAUCACAUGUUUUGGCACAUGAUGUAAUACUGGACAAGCCACCAACAAGAUCUGAUGGCUCACUGGGGACACCACUUGAAACUUUCCAAGGGAGACUGAUGCAAGUAUCUGACUCUGUGGAUCUAGACUUUGAGACUGAUGUGACGGAACUAGAGACUUUUGCCACUGUAUCUAAGCAUUUGCAUAGUUCAAAAUCAGAGAACGUUCCUGCAAAACCUGCCAUUUUAUCUCAGGUUUUAUCACAGCAUCUGAAAAUAGAGAAAGCACCAGUGUUAAACAUGAACAGUGGCACAAGAUUCCAAACAUCCAACUCUGUAGGUGUAGACUUUGAUACCAAUGUCUCAGAAGUGAUAUCUAAGCUUUCUAAACCAGAGAGCGCUCCUACAAAACCUGCUAAUGUGUCUGAAAUCUUAUCUAAGCACCUGAAAAUGGAAAAAGAGUCGGUAUGGGAUGUAAAUAGCGGUGUUGGAGAAGGAAGGAGAAAAGCUGCUGAACAGAGGGCAGAAUUUAGCACUGAGCAGAAUUUUAAUAAGGCUCCAAUAUCUAGUAGUGGUGUCUUGGGUUUGGACUGUAAAGAAAAUGCAUCAGUUACAGGCUCUAAAUUGAUGGAACUUGAACCAGAUGACAAAAGAGUUGCUGUUGUCAAAGAAGACACUCUGGACAAUAAUACCUUUUUAACUUCAGAUAAAAAAGAAAACUUCAAAGGAGAAGCUGAUGUAGCCAAAGAUGCCAGCUCAUCUGUUCUGUCCUGCUGUAGUGACGCUGAAGAAGAAUCUUUGAUAAUUGACACAGAAUAUAGAAAUGAUGCUGACUGUGAAUCAAGUGUGAUCACUACUGACCAACACUCUGAAGAAGACACUCAUGAGUCUCCUUGCUGUAAACAACCCCUCUCAGAAAAACUGGCCGAUCUUUCAAAUAUUUCAGUUCAAGAAAUGACUGCACCCCAAAAAACUCGUAAACGAUUGUCUAAAGAAUUUGAUCCUGUUGGGCAGAUUUUGAAACUGCAAACUGAACUUCUCAGGCCACCUUCUCCAAACCUUCAACAGCAGCCGCAGGUAAACUCUGAAAUAAAUUUGAAUCCUGCACCAAGCCUGGGACACCCACCAUCAAAAGUGUCUUCUGCUAUGGAGCCCAGGCAAAGUACCACUGCAGAUACUGGCAACUUGCCCAAGGUUACCUGGACAUCCUUCUUCCAGGGAUCUCAAAAAGAGACGCCGCUUUGGGAUGCAACCGAAGAUCGAUCGAAAUACGAACCUCCUCAGCAGGGCAAUCUUAUCUACAAGCUGUUCACCCUGGAUGACCUGCUGCUGCUGGUACGCUGUGCAUUGCAGAAAGUAGAACAGAGGCCAAAGAAUAAGAAAGCUAAAGUCAAGAAGCACUUUCCUGUUUAUGUAUUGCCAAAGCUGGAAUAUCAAGCCUUCUAUGGUGUAGAAGCAUUAACUGAAGGUGAAAUAUGUCGGUUGUGGACGGAGAGUUUGUUACAUUCCAGCAGUUCAUUUGCAGUUGGUCAUAUUGAUGCCCUUACUUCAAAGCUCUUUCUGCUUGAGCAGCUAUCUGCAGAAGGGUUGAAAAAAAGAUUUGGCACAUUUAAGCCAGCAAAUUCAAUGAAUAUUCUACAGCAUAUCCUGAAGAAAGUGGCUGGAUUGCAGGAGGGCUCUUACCUUCUGGCACAUACAGCAGGAGACUCGUCUGUUACCAUCUAUAAGAGCUGUCAUGGAGAAGCCACCAGAGCAUCAUACAACUUGCAUGCAGCUCACUCGGACCUGCCCGGUAUACCUUCUGUCCUCUCAGUUCCGUGGGUCCCACUAGACCCCAACAUCCCUUUGCCAUAUCAUUUUGCUCAAGGUCGAGUCCCAUGCACUUUCCCACCAAAGCCAACAGACAUCACGAAGAACCAGAAGAUGAGUGGGACAAAAGCACACACAGACACACCCAACCGCAGAGAGCAAGUUUCCAUGGAAACAAACUGCGAUCAUCUGCCAGCUAAUCCUUUUCGGAAGAGAAGUGGGGCUGCAAAGAACAAGACGAUGAGAAAUAUCUACAAGCAAGCAAAUCGGGGGCCAAACUGGAAAUUCUGGAAAAAACCCAACACGAGCAAAGAUGAACCAGCUUAGUCAUGUGGAGGAAAGACCAAUCUCUGAGAACAGAAAAUAACUUUUUUGUUUGCAAAUGAAGAAUGUAACGCUGUGGAGAGAAUGCCAGGAUACGUGGACUUGUGCAGGAAUAUUGCUGCAAAAUCUUUUAACUUUGUCUGUAGUUAGUCAAAUUGGACAAGGGCUGUUUCUCUGAUGGCAAGUACAGACGUGAAACAACUAUUUGCAAUAAUCUGUUAAAUUGCAGAGGAUGAAUGUGGGGAUUUUUCUAAACAUCUUUUAUUGUUGUUACGCUCAUCCUGCUUUGCUGGGUGAAAAUUAAAUCAGCCAUAUUAUGUGUUUAACACAACCAUUUGCAAUUAAAUGGUGCCACUUGCUGGACCAAAACAGGUCCAUAACCCUUUCUCAAACAACCCCCACCCAAACUUAUUUUUAGUUUUUUGUUUUGUUUUUUUAAGGUUGGGCGACCAGUUGCAGUUCUCACAUGUCACAUGUGUUGGACCCUGACUUAAACAGCAUGCUUUUGAAACAAGUGCCACAGCAAAAGCCAAGUGGUUUGUGUUACAAAUGAUCACAGCUCUAUGGCGCAUUAAAAAAAGAUUUUAUACUUGCCAAACGCUGAAGCAUGUUACUCACACAGUCACUUUAAUGCAGUUUUUUUAAAAAAUAAACAAUAUUAUUAAUUUAAAAUGUCCCAGUUGCAUGUUCCAGAAGUUUGAAUUCAACUUUUUCCAUCUGUUUGGGGUUUUUUUGGUGGUGGUGGAUGUUCCUGUCUGUAGGUUGCUAAUGCUUGUUUUAUAUCCUGAAAGGGAUAGAAGUUUGAGUCUGUCACCUUGGUUGCUUUUAUGUAAUUAAAAUACAUUUAUAAAUUGUUUUUUAAGAAAACAUCAUUGCCCUAUGCAAAUACACAACUGGCCCUAUCAUGAGGUGGUGGCAUUUGGGCACGUUGGCAGGUGGAUCUGCCUGAUGUGGCACAACUCACAGGGAAGUUCUCCUGCCAAGCUACAUUGAAAUAAACAGGAGCUGUUCUUUUGCAGCUCCUGUUCAUUUCAGUGAAGCUUCCACAAGAGAACUUCCCUAAGAGUGGUGUCCCUGAAUGGUAAAUGUAUAGGGGGUGCCAGCUGAAUUUUUCAUUUAAGACAUGUCUUCAGCCCUCCCUGCCUGUACACACAUUCUAAACCUGGCUGGAAUGUCUCUUUAUACUGUGUUAAUCUCCCUUGAUUGUCUGGACGGAGAGAUAUUGGUAGAGAGGGCUUGAUUUUUGCACGGCUGGAAUUUAGCUACUCUACCAAUUGUAAGAGUUCCAUCUGUGGCUCCAAUCACUAUUGCCGGUAACCCCACCACCACUAGGGAAUGCAGCCUUAAAGCUAAAAAAAUGUUCUCUACCCCAGUUCUAAACUAUACAUUUUUACUAGGAACAAUUAACUUGUACUUAGGUCUACAUAAAUAACUAUUCUUGGUGAAGGAGGGAGUAUGUUUUAAAGCAGUUUUAUGUUGCAGCCCCAGCAACAGUGCAAAUCCAUAUGGAGAUAACCACUUUGUGAAACAGAAAACAAGUUUAUUAUUUAUUAUUUAUUUUAUUAUUUCAAUUUAUAUACCGCCCUUAGCAGAAUAGCUCUCAGGGCGGUGAACAAACAAGAUAAAAUACAAUAUAUCAUAGUAAAAAAUCACAAAAACAUGUACAAACAAACAACAGAAAGCACAACAAAAAUGAAAUACAACACAAAUUAAGAAGGAUACAUGUUAAAAGUAGAAAGAUUAAGAAAAUUAAAAGAUUAAAAUGCCUGGGAGCAUAAAAAGGUCUUUACCUGGUGCCGGAAAGAUAGGAGUGUAGGCGCCAGGCGUACCUCUUCGGGGAGGCUGUUCCACAACUCAGGGGCCACCACAGAAAAGGCCCUAGAUCUAGUAACCACCCUCCGGGCUUCCCGAUGAGCUGGUACCCGGAGGAGGGCCUUAGAUUCUGAACGAAGUGAACGGGUAGGUUCAUAGCGAGAGAGGCGUUCCACAAGGUAUUGAGGUCCCACGCCGUGUAAGGCUUUAUAGGUCAAAACCAGCACCUUGAAUCUCGCCCGGAAGCAAAUAGGGAGCCAGUGCAGACGCGCCAGAAUAGGUGUUAUAUGCGAAGACCGACUGGUCCUCGUCAAUAGUCUGGCAGCCGCGUUCUGCACCCGCUGAAGCUUCCGAACUGUCUUCAAGGGCAGCCCUACGUAGAGCGCAUUACAGUAAUCUAAUCUUGAAGUUACCAGAGCAUGAACAACGGAGGCGAGGUCGUCCCUGUCCAGAUAGGGGCGUAGUUGGGCUACCAGACGAAGAUGGUAAAAUGCAUUCCGUGCCACCGAGGCCACUUGGGCCUCGAGAGACAAGGAAGAAUCGAAAAGAACCCCCAAACUACGUACCUGUUCUUUCAGGGGGAGUGUAACCCCAUCCAGAACAGGGUGAACAUCCACCAUCUGAGCAGGGAAGGCAUUCACCAACAGUGUCUUGGUCUUGUCUGGAUUGAGUCUCAGUUUAUUAGCUCUCAUCCAGUCCAUUAUCGCGGUCAGGCAGCGGUUCAGCACAUCAACAGACUCACCUGAAGAAGAUGAAAAGGAGAAAUAGAGCUGCGUGUCAUCGGCAUAUUGAUGGCAACGCACUCCAAAACUCCUGAUGACCGCACCCAGCGGCUGCAUGUAGAUGUUGAAAAGCAUGGGGGACAAGACCGACCCCUGAGGGACUCCACAAUGGAGAGUCCAUGGUGUUGAGUGAUGUUCCCCAAGCACUACCUUCUGGUGACGGUCCGCGAAGUAGGAGCGGAACCACUGCCAAGCAGUGCCCCCGACACCCAACUCCACGAGUCUCCCCAGAAGGAUACCAUGGUCGAUGGUAUCAAACGCCGCUGAGAGAUCAAGGAGAAUCAACAGAGUCACACUCCCCCGUCCCUCUCCCGACAAAGGUCAUCAUACAGGGCGACCAAGGCUGUUUCGGUGCCAAAACCAGGCCUGAAACCAGAUUGAAACGGAUCUAGAUAAUCGGUUUCAUCCAAGAGCGCCUGGAGCUGGCCAGCAACCACCCGUUCCAAAAACUUGCCCAAAAAAGGGACAUUCGCCACCGGUCUAUAGUUGUUCAAUUUAUCUGGGUCCAAGGAGGGUUUCUUUAAAAGAGGUCUCACUACUGCCUCCUUGAGGCUACCAGGGACUACUCCCUCCCUCAAGGAGGCAUUAACCACUUCCUUGGCCCAACCGGUGGUCCCAGCCCUGCUAGCUUUCACUAGCCAAGAUGGGCAAGGAUCCAGAACAGACGUGGUUGCCCGAACCAUUCCAAGCACCUUGUCCACUUCCUCGAGCUGCACCAACUGAAACUCAUCCAAUAAUGAAGGACAAGGCCAUGCUCCGGACACUUCAAUGGAUUCAUCUGUCACAACAUCGGAGUCAAGAUCCCUGCGGAUACAUGCGAUCUUAUCUUGAAAGUGUCCAGCAAUUUCGUUGCAGCGGGCUUCCGAUGUUUCCGUAGUAUCGUGGGGGCCAGAGUGUAAAAGCUCACGCACGACUUUAAAAAGCUCCGCUGGGCGGCAUAAAGAUGAUCUAAUAGAGGCAGCAAAAUAGAGCUUCUUUGCUGGCCUUACCGCUUUUGUAUACAACUUAUUGGUGGCACUUACCAAAGCAUAGCUGUAUCCACUGGGAGUUUUCCUCCAUCUGCACUCCAGCCUCCUCUCAUGUUUCAUCGCUCUCAGCUCCGGGGUAUACCACGGAGCUGUAUGAGCUCUACACCAGAGGGGGCGCGCGGGAGCGAUCAUGUCAAUAGCCCGGGUCAUUUCCGUAUUCCACAGUGUGACCAGGGCCUCGACAGGAGCACCAGUCCUAUCAGCCGGAAAAUCUCCCAGAGCCCUCUGAAAACCUGUUAACACCUUUUCAUUCAUUAGUCGCCUUGUUUACCUUCCGUUGCCAUAGCAGACACUCUCUUUUCUCUGUUCCUGUGAGCUGCGUUAGUUCCUUAAUGACAAGGAGCAAAGUUUACUUCUCACUAUUGCUAAAUAUUAGGUUCUGUUUUAAAACCAUAAAUCCAGUCUUUGACCUCCCACAAGAGAAAUACUUGGGCGGUGAGUCAUGUGCUCGAUAACAAGAGGGUGGGGAUCUGCAGCAUAGUUUUUCAGCUCACUUGAAAGAAAAAUGUACCCUUGAACAGUCAAGGAAUUCUCUCAACUAGUUUGUAAAAUUUACCUUUUACUUCUGACUACAUAAUCAGUGUAUGAAACCUCUAUUUAGAGUCUGUGUUUGACAGGCGUCUGGAGGUCAGUUGCACAUUGUUGGGUCUCCCCCACACCACCCUGUUCUUUUGUGUUUGGGUGGAAUUCCAUUGCUGCUAACUGAUGUAAGCAGACUGGCUGCUGCGAGGAGCAGGCAUCGGGUGCUCUGGAUGUGGCACCCAUUUCUCCCUUUCCCAAGAGAGAUACCAGCCCCACCUCACUGAAGUCUUUUUCUUUUUAAGGCAGCUAGACAUACCUCGUCAGUCAGGCUUUUUGAGUGUCUGGAGCGUAAAUCUGUAUGUUGGACAUGUGGGUGGGACUUUAAUGGUGCUGUGUUUUGUAUUGCUGUUUCAAAGGCAGCCUCCAUCCUAGUGCCCUCCAGAUGUUUUAGACCACAACUCCCAACAGCCCAAGCCAGUUUGAUUGUAUGGUGGUUGAGGUUGAAGACAACAGGGCUGUACUUGCUGGGGCUGAUGAGAGUUGUAGUGCAAAACACCUGGAGGGCACCGGGUUGGUGAAGGCUGUCCUUGGGAUUUGUUUCAUGGUUUUAAUAGGAUUCAAUUUAUGGUUUGCAGUAUUUUAUGCUGUAUCAGUCAGCCACUUUGAGGGCUGUAUAGCAGAACAAUGGGGUAUAAGUUUAAAGAAACCUGUUUUUUCCAACAUAUUUUUAUCCUGGCUGUUCUAGAUGAGUUUAUGUAUGAGAGAUAUAUUUAGCUGCCUUGAAAACUUACUGAAAAGCAACCUAGAAGCUUUUCAGUUAUGUACGCUAUCACAAUGUCUCAGAGGUGAUUAGCCUUUUUAGGCCUAAUGCAUCUUGCCAUUGCACCCCCCUCCCCCGGGACUGCAUGUCAACACUAGAUGUACCAAAACGCAGGCACGGCAGCCUCACAGCUGCCAUACAUACAUCAGAUCCACAAAGCAGACUAUGUGCGUGUGUAGGUCACAUAUAAUAAAGCAAAUAUGCAGGCACACAGGAUCCCUGUUCCUCUGUUGUUCCACUGCUACCUUGUUUGGGGAGCCAAAAAACGGGGGGCUUGGAACUGUGGUUUGCCAUUGCUAAUUUGACUCUUACUAGGGUCUCCUCCAUCCCAUCUGACCAGUCAGAACUCUGUUGCUUUGAAGGACCUAACUCAUACAGAAUCGCUGGAAUGCCAAAUAUCUUGUGUGCAUGUCAGUAUCCCAGAUUAACCUGUACAUAGGUUCAUGGGUAUUUAGUCAAUGGGCAGAACAGUGCACUUGGUCCUGGUUUCACAUUUUUACUUUGCUAUGAACGUAACUUACUGUUUAUUAUUUAUUUCUUUAUUAAAUGACUUCUCUCUCUUCAGCAGUCCCCAUUCCCUGCCUCAUCUGCUGAAAAUGGGAAUGGCCCAUCUCACAGGGCUACUGCAAAGCACUCUGCAUACUCGGAAUAUGCAAUAUCUAAAAUAUUACUGUCAAGGGAAGGAAACCUGCCUUGAAUGCUGUCAGAAACAUUAGGGUUGCGUGUUUCGUGCUGUUUUAGAUGACUUCUUUGGAUGACAGCAUUUUAUAAAUUGGUUUUUUAUGUAUUCUGCAUAUUGUAAAUAUUUGCAAUGCCUCUUGAUGUAUGAAAAGAUAUAAACUAAAUUAGAAAAGUGCAUUACU